GCUCAAGAACAUUAAAGUAAAAGGAUGGCUAUGGCACGUUUGGUUUUUCUACUCCUCUUCUUCACUCACUUGACUGAAGUGAGGUCCGUUCAGAUGUGUGACGUGAUGAAUGAAAUCGAGCUGGAGGAACAGCGCUGCAAGAAUAGCACCUCUGCCAACGUCACUUCAGGUUGCCAAGGCACGUGGGAUAUCAUCGCCUGUUGGCCCUCAGCCAGCGUCGGGGAAGUGGUCACUAUCACUUGCCCCACAUACUUCAGCUACUUCAGUGACCAACAUAAAGGUAACCUCUCCAAAACUUGCACGGCGGAUGGAUGGACAGACAUGCAUCCUAUUGACAUCGCCCUGAACUGUGGAUACAACCUGAACAGCACCAAUGACGAUGGCAAGUUUUUUUGGCAAGUGAAGAUUGGCUACACUGUGGGCCAUAGCGUCUCCCUCAUCUCUCUGACUACAGCCAUUGUAAUCUUGUGUGUUUUCAGGAAACUUCAUUGCACCAGGAACUUCAUCCACAUGCACCUGUUUGUCUCGUUCAUUUUGAAGGCCAUCGCCGUGUUCAUUAAAGACGUGGUUCUGUACGAGGUCGGGGAAGUGGACAACUGCUCCACUGGAUCGGUGGGCUGUAAGGCUGUGAUGGUGUUCUUUCAGUACUGCAUUAUGGCCAGCUUCUUCUGGCUGCUGGUGGAGGGCCUUUACCUUCACGCAUUGCUGGCUGUCUCUUUCUUCUCUGAAAGGAAGUAUUUCUGGGCGUACAUCUUGAUUGGCUGGGGAGGCCCCAUUAUUUUCAUCUCAGCUUGGAGCAUUGCUAAAGCCUAUUAUAACAACGUGGGGUGCUGGGACAUUAUUGAAAAUACGGAUGUGUUCUGGUGGAUCAUUAAAACACCUAUUUUGGCAUCAAUCUUGAUAAACUUCUUCCUCUUCAUCUGCAUCAUUCGAAUACUCCGUCAGAAGAUAAACUGCCCAGACAUUGGUAGAAAAGAGUCCAACCAGUACUUGAGACUGGCCAAGUCAACACUGCUGCUGAUUCCUCUGUUUGGGAUCAAUUUCAUUAUUUUUGCAUUCAUACCAGAGCAAGUGAAGACAGAGCUGCGACUAGUGUUUGAUCUGAUCUUGGGGUCCUUUCAGGGCUUUGUGGUGGCAGUCCUCUACUGCUUCCUCAACGGAGAGGUUCAAGCUGAAAUCAAGCGGAAGUGGAGGAGGUGGCACUUACAGCGAUACAUGGGCCAUGACACCAAGUACCAGCACCCAUCCAUUGGGAGCAGCAACAACUUCAGCACCCAGAUCACCAUGCUGACACGCUGUAGUCCCAAAGCCCGACGGAACUCUUCAUCCUGCCAUGAUGACCUCUCCAGUAUCUGACCCAUCUCCCCAUCAGCAAUGCUAAGACAGUACUUCACACUGCAAGACCGUGAAUAUUCAAGAGGCAUUGCUACUGGACUGGACAAGACAGAGAAGAGGAGUUUUUGUACUUAAAGGCAACAAGGAUGACUGGCUCGGUCACGUUGUGUGUUUGGGCUCCCAGGGUCGUGCUGGAAAUCACUGGUGUGUUCAUGCAAGAAAAAACAUCCCGAAACUCCAGGCUCCACUUUCAAUCCAGGACAAACUCAGUUCACUGCUGAUUACAUUCAAACUACAUACUACUCUUGUAUAUCUUAUGCUGAAUGUACCAAUCAAGCAUGAAUGGUGUACUGAGCUGGGAUAAUCAUUGGAGAGAACACACUAAAGACACUGUUGAUAAAAUACUAUUGUGACAGUUUGUUUACAGUUUAUCGGUAGCACUUUACUAAACAGCACAGUAAUAGCACAGUAAUAGCAUGGGAAUAGCUUGGUAUCUAAAAGGUGUAGUCACAGUAAUAACAUUAUAAUUAAAACCUUCACACCUGUAUUUCUACAUUUCCCAUUGUAAUCUGAUUAAUCCUAACCUAGUAUGAAGGCAAAAUGCAUUUACCCCAGUGACCAUGACAUUACUGUGCUGUAAAGAAAAGUACACCUCAAUUUUCCAUUGGCUUUAAGUGUUUCUAGUGCUGUACCUAUAUAUUUAAUGUGUGCAAAAUGACUUCUUUGUGCAAUGUUGUGACACUAUUACGCUGCCAGCCGUUGAAACUGUAAAGCUGCCGUUGUACUGUAUUUAAAGUCCACAUUUGUGUACACCUGAUAUUUAAUUUUGUAUUUUCUGAUGAUGUA